AUGUUUGUGGACAUUGCAAUUUUGAUCAAUACUAAAUAAAGUCAAUUUAAACCAUCACUCCAGACAUUAGAAUAUCUUUCUGCAACUUACUUAGGUUUAUUUAAAUGAGACAAAGACAAAGUCUUCCUCAUCCUCAGAAAGGGAGGUAGGCAUAAGGGACAGGAAUAAAGAAAAGGGUGAUAAGAAUGAAAAAAAAAAAAGAUGACUGAAAGAUUGACUCCUCGAUUGGAAGUAGAAAGUUUGAAAAAAUAGGCUAUUCUGGAAAAGGCCAAUAUGUCAGUUUUUGCUGAUAUCCUGUUUUCGACUUUUCCUCUUUCAGUUUUUUGUAAAAACAAAUGUAUUUUGUAACUUCCACAAUCGUGAAAACAACAACUGAAUGACGAGACUAAUUGGGCAGAUGAGGCCAGAGUGAGCGCCCUAAUUGGACGCCUAUACAUGAGGGCUGCGGGCCUCCCAUUGUGCGGUCCUCCCUCGUCACACUGUCCACUAGGUCCCAUUGUGCGGUCCUCCCUGCUCACACUGUCCACCGGAUCCACGCUGCAGGGCUACUGGACGUGUUCGUCUGCAGGGUUCGGGUUUAAUCUUGCAGCUCUGGAAUGUAAUUUUCACCAUUCAUGAUUUUAACACGUGAGCAGAAAAUACAAUCCAACAUUCGAUAUGGCAGCCGAUGAACUCACUGAACUCAAAGAGACAGAGAACAUUACUGAAGAUGAACCAACAAGGUCUUCGCCGGGGGGGAUGUCUCGCACACAGGUCUUCACUUUAAUAUCCGUGGCUUCUGUCAACUUUGGCUCAAUGAUCUGCUAUUCAAUACUUGCACCAUUCUUCCCCCACGAGGCGUUACAGAAGGGUGCCAGCCAGACUGUGGUCGGUCUCAUAUUUGGCUGCUAUGCGCUCAGCAACUUCAUUGGUUCACUGAUAAUGGGAAGAUAUAUUGUCCAGAUUGGUGCAAAACUCAUGCUUGUGUCAGGCCUGUUUGUGUCAGGAGGAUGCACUAUCAUGUUUGGAUUCCUUGACAGAGCUCCCUCAGGGUCCGUGUUCAUCUCCCUCUGCUUCAUUGUGAGGAGUGUCGACGCUAUGGGCUUCGCUGCGGCCUUCACCUCUUCUACUGCAUUGGCAUCUAAAGUCUUCCCACACAAUGUAGCGACCAUUUUGGGUAGUCUGCAGAUAUUCACCGGACUGGGUCUCAUUCUGGGGCCUCCUUUAGGAGGCUGGCUGUACCAGGCCGCUGGAUACGAACUUCCUUUCCUUGUUCUGGGCUGUAUCCUACUGCUGAUGGUGCCAUUUAACAUGAUCGUCAUGCCCAGCUGCGACGCAGACCCUUCUGAGGAUUCCUUCAUCAAAUUACUGAGACUCCCAAAAGUAUUGCUGCUAUGCUUCUUCAUCUUCACCUUUAGCUCAGGGCUGGGAUUCCUGGACACAACCUUAUCCUUAUUCGCGAUGGACAAGUUCCAUCUCAGCCCCAGCCACGUGGGCCUCAUCUUCCUGGCCUUCUCCUUACCUUACUGUCUGAGCUCGCCCCUUCUCGGUUUCUUUGCUGAUAAAUAUCCUGAUGUGAGGGGCUGGUUCUUGGUGUCUGGCGGUCUUCUCAUGGCACUUGGCUUCUGUUUUCUUGGUCCUGCUCCAUUCUUUCACCUGCCCAGCCAGCUGUGGCUGACCAUCUUCAUGCUGUCUGUGAACGGCUUCGGGACCGGUAUUGGUAUCACGCCUAUUUUACCAGAAGUCAUCACCUCUGCAUAUGAGCAGGGUUUCGUAAAUGGACUUGGCACUCUGGGAAUGGUGUCUGGACUGUUUGGGGCCUGUUGGUCCAUGGGGAUGUUGUAUGGACCAAUGAUGGGGGGCCUCCUCACACAGCAUCUAACGUUUGAGUGGGCAGCAUUUAUCCAAGGAGGGCUCUCAGGUCUGGCUGCCACCCUUCUUGGUUUCUAUUAUCUCACUGAAAGACUGAAGAAGCCCAGUGAUGCACAGGAGAAUGGAACAACGACACCAGGGGAAGAAACCACUCUGUUGGCCUGACGGGCAGCUUCUGCUUACAUCAGUAACAUUAACAGUUGUUAAUAUAAAUGUUGUUAUUAUUAUGUUGUUACUUUUCAUGAUUUGAGAAUAUAACUGAAAUGCUUUAUAAAGGGAUUGCAGCAAAUAUAAAUAGGGGUAAUGUAGACCUAUGUCAUUGUAUUUAAUUUAAUCAUUUAUGUUUAUUUUUUAAUAUUGAUAAUACAGUAUUUUUUUAACACUUAUUCUGUCAUUAAGAUGUGAAAUAUAAUAAAUAUAUGCAACGGUCUCGUUGAAUUAAUAAUUGCAUUGCAAACAUUCAUUGUGACUUAAUUCCUGAAGAAUGAAUUGUAAUUUGUAGAACGGUGGUG